AAAUUAUAUUUACCAACAAUUAUUUUUUGUUUUGUUUAGUAAACGUGAAACAACUGAAGAUACUUACGAUGUAAAGUUUCCGUCAUUCGCAAUUCCCUAAUGAUUUUACGAUAACAUAAGUAUCAAUAGAAAGUUAAAUAAAAAUAAUCAGUCGAUUCGGUCAUUCCCAGCAUUCAUUUUUGGAUGCCCAUCGAAGAAAAUUCAGAGAUGAGUGGAAGGAGAGGGAGAGUUUUGGUGGUGGGAGGCACAGGUUACUUGGGUCAGCAUGUUCUUCAAGCAUUUACCCACUUCGAUCUCGCUUUUACCCACUUUUCCAAUCAUCCUCCUCGGUAUUUGCUCCACAAUGCUCUCGCUUUUCAUGUUGAUCUCCGAACUGGCCAAGGUUUUCAAGCCAUUUCUGAUACAUUUGGCCAGCCAGAUGUUGUGGUGAAUUGUGCUGCACUUUCUGUACCACGAGUCUGUGAAGCUGAUCCUGAUGCUGCUAUGUCUAUUAACGUGCCAUCUUCUCUUGUAAAUUGGCUGUUAAGUUUUGAAGUGAAAAACACCUUGUUGAUCCAUUUGUCAACUGAUCAAGUUUAUGAAGGUUUGAAGUCUUUUUACAAAGAAGAAGAUGAAGCUGUUCCAGUGAAUGUUUAUGGGAAAUCAAAAGUUGCAGCAGAACAGUUUAUUACUGAGAAAUGCUCUAAUUUUGCAGUUCUGAGAAGCAGUAUCAUCUUUGGGCCACAGACAAUCUCACCAGUACCGAAAUCUCUUCCAAUUCAGUGGAUUGAUAGUGUCCUUUCCAAAGGAAAUGCAGUUGACUUCUUUCAUGAUGAGUUUCGCUGCCCAGUGUAUGUCAAGGAUGUUGUUUCCAUCAUACUUGCUCUAUCAGAAAAAUGGAUAUCAGAAGGCAAGCAAAUACAGUUCCUACUAAAUGUUGGGGGACCAGACAGGGUAUCCCGUGUUCAAAUGGCCGAGAUAGUUGCAGACGUCAGAGGGUACGAUAAAUCAUUGAUUAAAUCCGUGUCUGCAUCUUCAAUUGAUCGUGGAGUGAAAUCCCCUGCUGACAUAUCAAUGGACAUUACAAAACUGGUUCAGACACUUGGUAUUUCUCCAGUUUCAUUUGAAGAUGGCGUGAGAUUGACUCUUGUAAGCGAAGCUAAAUCUUGAUUCCAAUUAAUUAAAACAUAUUAUUUCAUUCAUUUCUCCCAUACUAAUGAGCGAAUAAUAGACUUACAGACCCUUUUUGUUGUUGUGUAAAAUAUUAUUGGUUGAUAUAAUUCUCGGUAAAUAUUUGCCUAAACCAAGAAGGUUAUUUUAUAAACUUAUCUUGGAGCACUAUUUCUUAAGGGUGCUUUAUAGUCCAAUAAAUUUGUUUAGCCA